GCAGGGCCCAUGGCGGACUGAGUCCUGCUGCCAUGCCUGUGGUAUAGAAACCUGAAUGGGCACCGUAGAAUAUCCAGAGUCUUCCAGGGGUCUUUGAGACUCACCCUGGGUGUGUGGGGAUCCAAGACCCGACACGCGUGCUCGCACAGCUCACUCUCACAGCCGCGUUCCCACUCACCACAGUACCGGCCUGCAGUGUGGGGCAGCCUCUGGAGGACCACGGCCCCCUGUGUGGUGGUGGCGUUCAGAUCCGGCUGGCUGGCUCUGUGAGCCAGUGGUGGGCCUCCGAGGGCGCACACAGUGGGGAGACAGGCAGCCUGGCCUGAGGAAAAAGUGCGCCCGUGCCUGAGGUGGGAGGAUGUGAUGACGCGGUGCCCCCGCGCAGCGGGAACUCAGGCCUUUAAAAAGCUGAGGAAACAGCCUCUGAGCAAGCAGUGGCUCCCCUGGAGGAAAGCACACCCGGGUCUCACAUUCAAGAAGCCAAACUGUCUGCUUCAAAGAGAAAAGGCAACAUCCUGUCACAGGCCAUGCUCUGGCAAAAACCCACAGCUCCAGAACAGGCCCCAGCCCCACCCCGGCCGUACCAGGGUGUCCGUGUGAAGGAGCCAGUGAAGGAACUGCUCAGGAGGAAACGUGGCCAUGCCAGCAGUGGGGCGGCUGUUACACCUACGGCGGUGGUGCUGCCCCAUCAGCCCCUGGCCACCUACACCACAGUGGGUCCUUCCUGCCUUGACAUGGAGGUCUCUGCUUCCACAGUGACAGAGGAGGGGGCCCUGUGUGCCGGCUGGCUCUCCCAGCCUGGCCCGGCCACCCUCCAGCCCCUGGCCCCGUGGACACCCUACACGGAGUAUGUGUCCCAUGAAGCUGUCAGCUGCCCCUACUCAGCUGACAUGUAUGUGCAGCCCAUGUGCCCGAGCUACACAGUUGUGGGGCCCUCCUCCGUGCUGACCUAUGCCUCCCAGCCGCUCAUCACUAAUGUCACGACGAGAAGUGCAGCUGCGCCCGCGGUCGGGCCCCAACUGGAGGGCCCGGAGCACCAGGCGCCCCUCACCUAUUUCCCGUGGCCUCAGCCCCUGUCCACUCUACCCACCUCCACCCUGCAGUAUCAGCCUCCGGCCCCAGCCCUGCCUGGGCCCCAGUUUGUCCAGCUGCCCAUCUCCAUCCCUGAGCCAGUCCUUCAGGACAUGGAAGACCCCAGGAGAGCCAUCAGUUCCCUGACCAUCGACAAACUGCUUUUGGAGGAAGAGGAUGGUGAUGCCUACGCACUCAACCACACGCUCUCUGUGGAGGGCUUUUAGGGCAUGCUCCUGAGAAUCCUGUUCCCUGAAACUGGGAUUUAAAACAGGGAACAAGAUUCACAUCUCUUUGGAGUAGCCAUUUUAUGACUACACUUUGCAUUCCAAACUAGAAUGAUAGACUUUCCUUCCUCCCUCUUCUUUCUCCUCCCUGCUCCCUCUUUCCCUCCUCCCUCUCUUCCUUCCCUCCUCUGUCCUUCCCUCCCUCCCCUCUUCAUUCCUUUUUUCCUUUCUCAUUUCUUUUUCCAUUUCAGCUCCUAUUUGAGAAGAAAUUAUAGGGAUUUAGUGAUAAUAUUGACACCAGUGUUGCAGACCUAUGACCCAGGUGCUUUUACUUCUGCCUCAGUUCAUCAAUUGGGACAGCAGCCCCACCGAGCUGGGGGCCAGCAAUGCCCUACCAUCUGUCACUUUAAGAUGGAUGGGGUGUCCUACCGCCCCUCCAAGGGCAGACCCAAUGCCAGAAUCCUUGAGCUGUCAGUUCACAUGGUGGCCCCUUUGCUGUUCUCAGACUUACAGUGUCAGGCAGCAGAGUCUCAAGGCCUGGGGUUCAGUGAGGUGGUGGGAGUGAGGGUCCUGGGGGUGGGUAGGGUCUGGAUCAGGGGACGGAGGAGGGAGGGGAACAGGUGUGUGUGUGCCUAUGGGGGGGAGGGGGAGGAAAAGAUUGGGUGGAGAGAAAGAGGGUCCAAGGAGCCAUUCUGCUCCAGAUUACUUGGUGAUUAAGGAGAAUAAACUUAAGAAAAAUAUCGGUUUAA